AUGCGUUCUCCCAUCUACACAAUUCUUGUGCUUUUGAUCGCAUCUGUGUCGACACUCGCUGCAGUGCCAGCAGCGCCAACUGGUUCCGCAAGCUGCAGAUACCCCGACAAAGCUGAAAUAACCAAGAUCUUUACCAGCUUCACCGAAGGAGAUUACCCUGGCUUCUUCUCUCACCUCGCACCAAAUUUCACCUGGACGAUGAUGGGCACUCAUCCGCUUGCGGGCCAGUAUCACAAUGUCACUAUCUUCGCCGAUAAUAUCCUACUAAGACUGGGCAAUGUAUUGCGGACCUCGCCUGCGCCUUCCACGAAACUGCUCAACGUGAUUGGUGGUAACAGUGAAUGGAGUGUGCAAGAGGUGUAUGGAACGGGCGUUUGCAGGAAUGGCCUCAAAUAUGAUAACAGAUUCGCAUGGGUCACACGCUGGAAUACCCGUGGCGAAAUCGCCGAAGUACGAUCCUAUUUCGACUCCGCACUGGUCGAGAGAGCUCUCAGGGAGAAUGAAUCUCCUGAUUACACUUAUACCGACCAGCGGAAUACUUUGGUGGAGGGUCCUGUGGGCUUGAAUUGUCGUUCUUGA